AAUUUCAUUCGUGAAUUCACUUUCGCAGCCGAAGGAAGUCGACCGGGGAGUGUUACGUAUUACGAGAGGAGUUGAUAAGAGUAGGCUGUGGUAGCGCGUUUCGUUUGAGAUUAGAAGGACGAUGUCUACUACGAUGUUCAGGAAGUUUUGGCUUGCUGCGGUGAUGCUUUGCGGUGUUGCUGGAAUAGCCGAAGGAUUCCCGCGAAACGAAGCCAACGGCUGCCUCCGCCACUCGCCCUCCCUCAACAAAUGCAUCGAGCGAGCCGUCCAGUACUACAUCACGUACAUGGCCAACGGGAAGAUCUCCGACCGGUACUACGUGAUGUCGAUCGAUCCUCUCGGCUUCCCCAAUGCCACGCUGGUGCGCAACCGGAACAUCCACACGUAUUUCCUGGGCCGGGAGAUGCGAGGCUUCAAGAACUCGUUCGUGACCGAAGUGAGGGCCGAUUUGAACAAGUUGGAGUUUUUGCUGCAGUUUCACAUGCCCGCGAUUGAUGUUCACGGAUCCUACCGGGCUGAGCUGGCUCACGAGCGACAGAUCGCCGAGUGGGCAAAGAUGUUCUCGUCGAUGCGGAACUCUACGCUGCGGAUACACUUGAAGGGGAUCACGUACGAAAGUGAGGAUCGGAUAUACGUGCGGGUCAACAUUACGGACUUUGAUCUGACGAUCGGGGAUCACACGGUUGGGUUCGGGUGGUUCACCAUGAGCGGAAACUACUCGGAUCAUAGUCAGGCAUUUGAUCUGGAACGGGGGCGAAACAUUCUGUCGGUGGUGGAGAACGAGGUCACCCAGAGCUUUCGGGACAAGUUCCAGCUGCUGCUGAACGAGAUCUUGCGGCUAGCACCGUUCGAGCGGUUCUUCCCGAGUCAGUGAGGGGGCCUUCGGGGGAAUGGGUGAUUUGUAAAUAGUUCUCUUCUUUGUAAUAAUAAACACAAUAUUUAUUUUUGUAAAA